AUGGAUGUAAAAAAUUUGAGUAAAGACUCUUCAAGAUACAUUACUUACUCUCAAAAAACAAGGUUGUACAUCAAAACUGAUAAAAACUCUCAAAAGAUAAAAGAUCAAGACCAAACCAACAUUAAGAGUCUCUGUAUCCGGCAUGUUCCAUUUUGGAACAAUGUCAACCCUGAAUUCAUAGAAAUUAAAACUAUGUACAAUGGAAUAACCAAUCAAGUAUACCAGGCGACAUUAGUCGAUGGAGAUAAAGAUAGAUAUCCCAUAAAGUCAGUAUGUAUUAAAAAAUCAUCGACAUAUAAUUCGCUAGUGAUUGAUGAUGAUUUACAGUAUCGUAUUGCAAAAUUAUUAGGUGAUAAUAACUUCGGACCUAGAAUAAUUGGUCGUUUUGGUGAUUUUACUAUUCAGGAAUGGGUUGAAGGAAAUACUAUGGGAAUUGAUUCAUUACAAAAUUUAUCAGUUUUGACUGGUAUUGCUUCAUCACUGGCAAAGUUCCACAAGAAAGUUACAGAGCUGGUUCCAAAGGAAUGGGACAGAACUCCUAUGUUUUUAACCAAAAUAGCUACUUGGUCUCCACAUGUUGAAAGAAUUAUUAAAAAAUAUAAUUUGGAUUUCGAUUAUAAUGAGUUGGUUCAGAACUAUGAAAUGUUCAAAAAGAUCCUAAACAAUCACCUAAAUACAUCAAAUUCCAUCACAAACUCAAUACUAUUCUGUCACAACGAUUUAUAUCUUGACAAUAUCCUUGAUUUUAAUCAAGGCAUAUAUUUCAUUGAUUUUGAUUAUUCUGGAUUCAAUUAUGUUGGAUGGGAAAUCUCACAUCUUUUCUUCAAAUUAUGUAUCGUAUAUAACCACCAUACUCCUCCGUACUUUAAUUUCGAUGAUUCUCUUGCUUUAUCACAGGAAAUGAAGACUAUUUUCAUCUCAGUAUAUCUUUCUCAAUUACUGGGUAAAAAUGUUUUACCAUCUGACGAUUUGGUAAAUGAUUUUCUACAGAGUGUAGAAAUACACACCCUAGGAGUAAAUUUAUUUUGGACUUAUUGGGGAAUAGUGAUGACUGACAAACCAAAGAAUGAGUUUAACGCAGCAAUCGACUGUCCCCUUCAAGCUAAAUUAAAUCACAAUCUUCUGGAGAUUAAUAUUAGGAAAUUUACCGAUAGCAGAAUACUUACAUAG